AUUCCUAUGACACAUGGGAUCAACGGAAAUCUGGGUACCCAAUUACCCUCCUUUGCGCCAAUUACUACUCUAAGAAUACCACGAUGUUCUAUAUGCGGGACACUUCAGAAGCAACAAAACGCUCACCGGUAUUGCAAAGCACUACUACUGGCCCCACAUGGCAGACAACGUCCAGCAAUUUGUCACCUCGUGUACGACAUGUCAACGGAUGAAGAGCAGCAAGCAGAAACAGGCAGGACUGCUACAGCCUCUUCCUCUCCAGAAAAGCCAUGGCAAGUGGUUCGCCUGGAUUUCAUAACCGGGUUACCAACUAUCACAGGCGGUCAUGACGCAAUCCUCGUCGUCAUCGACAAAUUCUCCGAAAUGUGACACUUCAUCUCGACACACACGACAGCAUGAGAGAGCGAAUAAUGACGGAGAUGAGGGUAGUAUGGCUGAUAGUAGGGGAGAUGAGGUUAAUAACAGUGAGUGUGACAAUAGUGAAGGGGAGGGCGGAGGAGAAGAGCAUGAUGACAAGUCUGCUACAGUUGCUGCAGGCAGUGAGAGCAGUUAUGGAGGAGGAGGUGUGGGGGGGGAUUCGAGACCUGGUGGGGCUGAUGUCGGCAGUGACAGCAAAACAAAUAGUGGAAGAGGUGUUGA